CGUGAGUGAACGUGUGUCAUAUACAGAGGUUGAAGAUCCUCAUUAAUUGUCUCCUCUCAGUGCUGAUCUGGACAUCACCAUGGGUCGCAGGGAUCGCCCCUCCGUCCUGACCCCUGCCCUGAGGCUAGUCGUCGUCACAGUCCUCCUCCUCGUUCAGAUCCAGCCCUCACUGGCUGGUGCCCCCCCUGAGCCGAACCUGGGCGGCUCAGUUUCGGCAGUAUCCACGAAUAAAACGGAAUGCUCCUUGGCUGAGCGUUGCAUGAGGGGCGUGGUCCUACCUAUCUGGGAGCCCCAAAAUCCAUCAUUUGGUGACAAGGUGGCUCGGGCAACAGUUUACUUUGUCGCGCUGGUCUACAUGUUCUUGGGUGUGUCCAUCAUUGCUGACCGCUUCAUGGCAUCAAUAGAGGUCAUCACGUCGCAGGAAAAGGAAAUCACCAUCAAGAAACCAAAUGGGGAAACCACGACCACUACUGUUCGAAUCUGGAACGAGACCGUGUCCAACCUCACCCUCAUGGCUCUGGGCUCUUCGGCUCCUGAGAUCCUACUUUCUGUCAUAGAAGUCAUUGGUCAUGGGUUCCAGGCUGGCACACUGGGCCCCUCCACCAUUGUGGGCUCUGCCGCGUUUAACAUGUUCGUCAUUAUCGGGCUUUGUGUGUAUGUUGUGCCUGACGGCGAGACGAGGAAGGUCAAGCACCUGCGCGUCUUCUUCGUCACGGCCACCUGGAGUAUUUUCGCCUACAUUUGGCUCUACCUCAUCCUGUCUGUGAUCUCGCCCGGUGUUGUGCAGGUGUGGGAGGGGCUGCUAACGUUCUUUUUCUUCCCCAUCUGUGUGUUGUUCGCCUGGGUGGCCGACCGCCGCCUGCUGUUCUACAAAUACGUGUACAAGCGCUACCGCACGGGAAAGCAGCGCGGCAUGAUCAUUGAGACGGAGGGCGAUCGUCCACUUCCCCCUAAGGUGGAUAUUGAGAUGGAUGGCAAGAUGCUGAACUCCCAUGGUGUUGACUUCCUCGACGGUCCACUCGGUUUGGAUCUAGAUGAGAAGGAUCUGGAUGAGGAGGAAACCCGCAGAGACAUGGCCAAGAUCCUGAAGGAACUCAAACAGAAACACCCUGACAAAGAGGUGGAACAACUUAUUGAGCUUGCCAACUACCAAGUCCUUAGCCAGCAGCAGAAGAGUCGUGCUUUCUAUCGCUGCCAGGCCACCCGGCUGAUGACAGGUGCUGGCAACAUCCUGAAGAAACAUGCAGCCGAUCAGGCACGGAAGGCUGUCAGCAUGCACGAGGUCCGCUCCGAUAUCGGCGAUAAUGACCCCAUCUCCAAGAUCUUCUUUGAGCCUGGUUCUUACCAGUGCCUUGAGAACUGUGGCACAGUGGCGGUGAAUGUGGUGCGGCGUGGCGGUGACCUGGGCAAAACUGUUUCUGUGGACUACCGGACGGAGGACGGGACCGCUAACGCCGGCUCCGACUACGAGUUCACCGAGGGUGUCGUCUUCUUCAAGGCCGGCGAGACACUGAAAGAGAUCCGCGUGGGGAUCAUUGAUGAUGACAUCUUUGAGGAGGAUGAGAACUUCCUGAUUCACCUGUCCAACGUCAAGGUGUUGUCAUCAGAAGGCGAAGAGCCCGAGGAAGGCGAGUCCGCUAAUCACGUGGACUCGGUGGCCUGUCUCGGCUUACCCGCCACGGCUACCGUUACCAUCUUCGAUGACGACCACGCCGGUAUCUUUACGUUUGAGGAGCCUGUAUGCCAUGUGAGCGAGAGCGUCGGCACCAUGGAGGUGAAGGUGCUGAGAACGUCUGGGGCUCGCGGCGUGGUCAUGCUGCCGUACAAGACAGUGGAAGGGACCGCGCGAGGCAGCGGAGAGGACUUCGAAGACAGUCAUGGAAUCCUGGAAUUUCAGAACGAUGAGAUCUUUAAAACCAUCAAGGUGAAAAUAAUCGACGAUGAGGAGUACGAGAAGAACAAAACCUUCUACAUAGAGAUCGCAGAGCCGCGUCUGGUGGAGAGCAACGACACCAAAGAGGAACAGCAGAAGGAAGAGGCGGAAGAAGAGGAGGCGCUGACGGGAAAAGACGAGGAGGAGCGCCGCAUCGCCGAGAUGGGCCGUCCAAUGCUGGGAGACCACGUCAAGCUGGAGAUCAUCAUAGAGGAGUCAUAUGAGUUCAAGAACACAGUGGACAAGCUGAUAAAGAAGACCAACCUGGCUCUGCUGGUUGGAACCAACAGCUGGAGAGACCAGUUCAUCGAAGCCAUCACUGUGAGCGCAGGUGAGGACGACGACGACGAGGAGUGCGGAGAGGAGAAGCUGCCGUCCUGCUUCGAUUACGUCAUGCACUUUCUCACCGUCUUCUGGAAGGUUCUGUUUGCCUUUGUCCCGCCCACAGACUACUGGAACGGCUGGGCCUGUUUCGUGGUCUCCAUCUGCAUGAUCGGACUGCUCACCGCUGUCAUUGGAGACCUUGCCUCUCAUUUUGGCUGCACAGUGGGCCUGAAAGACUCAGUCACAGCAGUGGUAUUCGUCGCACUGGGAACCUCUGUACCAGAUACCUUUGCCAGUAAAGUUGCUGCUAUCCAGGAUCAGUAUGCAGAUGCAUCCAUUGGUAAUGUGACAGGCUCCAAUGCCGUCAAUGUUUUCCUGGGUAUCGGGGUGGCAUGGUCAAUCGCUGCCAUCUACCACCAUAUCAAGGGGGAGGAGUUCAGGGUGGACCCCGGCACGCUGGCCUUCUCCGUCACCCUCUUCACCAUCUUUGCAUUCGUCUGCGUUGGCACACUGAUGUACCGACGGAAGCCAGAGAUCGGGGGAGAGUUGGGUGGGCCUCGGACUGCGAAGGUCCUGACCACGAUGCUGUUCGUAAGCCUGUGGCUCCUCUACAUCCUCUUCUCCUCACUGGAGGCCUACUGUCACAUCCAGGGCUUCUAAGACGUCAGGAGAUGAUGGAAGGGAAGGGUGCGACAGAAGGAGAAUUUGAAAGGAGAAACCAAUGGUUUGCGGGUGAGGGGAUAGAAUUCGGAAUUUAAGACUGUCUCGUUGAUCAGUCACUCCCUUUACGCAAUAGAUUAAAUGAGGGAUGAAUGGAUGGAUGUACAUAUGAAGGCAUGGCGGACGCAUUAAAGCAUCUUAAAAGAGAAUGGAAAGAAGUACACAUACAAUGAAGGACAACAGCAAAUAGGAGAAACAUGAGAACUAUAGAAAUGGCUCAGAAGAUGGAGAAAUAUUUUGAAAACUAAGGAAUCACAUUUUUUGUUUUCGUUCCAUAAAUUCAAACCAAUCAAGUUGACUUGAAACCAUCCCGGUUUUAAAUACAUCUGCAAUGUUGCAAACACAGAAUUAAAUACACACAGUUUAUUCAGCCAUACAGAAACUUGACAAAGUCUUAACAACGUGAGGAGGGAGAAGCAAGAAGGGACCGACACACCAUCACAGCUACUUGUACUUGGCGUGGCUUUAAAAACAGCAUCUCCCAUUAAUCCCCUUUCUUUGGAGUAGCGCUUCUCCCUUAUCCAGCUGCAGUGACAGGCACAAGUAGGACCGAAAAAGACCAAGUAACUGUAUCAGUAUGUGUGUGUGCAUGAUCUGGACGUGAAGAUCCUGGAAACACAGUCAGAAGAAAGUCGGAUGAUAUUGCCACAACUGUUUAAUGACAACAAACUGUGAGAGAGUGCUGGUGUGUGACUGUGUUUCUGUGCUUGUGUGUUGUGGGAAGAUGGUCAAGUACUGUGAAGAAGAAAAAGAAGCCUCUCAUUCGCUGUCUCUGCAUGAGACGUGCUUUUAUUAGUUUCACUAGUCUUUUUGACACUCUCUCUCUCUCUCGCUCUCGCUGUCUCUCUCUCUCUCUCUCCUAGCCUGUAGAAACGCUUAGUAGGAGGGCACUUUCAAUGAAGCAAAAUGUUUUUGAUCAUUGAGGUUAGAAAUGUAAAUAUAAAGAGCUCAACGUACACUACAGCUCUACUACUUUCCAUCUGAAUGUCCUGGUUAUGCCAUGCUCUCCUGAAUGGGCCCUCUUUCUGUUGAUUUAUACUGUAGAUGUAAAUGAUUUAAGGUCUAAUUUUAAUCAAGAAGGGUUAGUGUGCUUUUACCUUUAAUAAGGCCACGUCUGAAAAGACAAAAAUGGCCGCUGUACCGUUUAAAACUGUUAGAGAAAUGAUUAUCAUUGCAUUAAUAUCUAGGUUAAUAUUACGUGUGUUUGUAUUUUUUUAUCCGUGGAAUUCUGUUGCCUGGUUUUCCGCCUGUGCAAUUGCCACCGUCAUGUGUCAAUCUCUAACAUUGCAAUAGACUUUGAAAAAUGUAAGUACCGCCCUCAGCUUAACGUCAUAUUCGUGAACUGCCUCUGUUAUCAUUAGUCUCACUUUGAUGCCGCUUUCCCCAUUGGUUCACUUGACCACUUUGGUCAUUAUCCCAGUGUGUCUUGAGCACCUCCCGCUGGCUGGUCAGUGGACCAAUCAAAAUCCUCAAGGGCUUUAUAAGAAACCAUUAAUCCCUUACCCUGAUCCCUGGUUUAUGAUUCUACAUAGGGAUUGGCCCUUAGGGGCCUGUUUAACAGGGAUUUGUAUUCCCCGACCUUAUACAUCACCUGCGUAGUUUGUUAGGACUUUGCUUCAGUGUGAGUUACACAGCUUCAUUACAGCAUUGCCAGUCCAAGUAUCCAGAGUUACCCAAAUGUCAUAAAAGAAGACAAGGCUUCAACCUUUUCUGGUUAACUGCAAUCCGCCUUAUUCCAAAUGAAACCAUGCAUGGUAUGUUCUUCCCUAGUCUGCCUCCACUACUCUAGCCUUGAAAUCUUUAACUCUUUAGUGGCCAGUUUCCAUAGCCAACACCUGAGAAUUAUUUUCAACGGUAUUUUCUGUUAGUGGAGAGAGUUAAAUCUGAUCAGACUCUAACUCUGUAACAAGCUCGUAGAGGUUUGGAGAAUCUUGUAGAACCAAAAUCUUCAUACAAUGAUUUAAAUCGGCUGCGUGUUAGAAAACAUCCAACCCCAGAAGCUGCACCUUUGGCACCUGUCUUGCAAAGUGAGUUCAACUGCUUUAAGUCCAGCUCUCUGGAUUUUCUGGCUUCUUAUGAAGCUCCUGUUAAUGGCAAGAAUGUGUAGAAAUAAUGAGUCUAUUUGCCCAGUGAGGUGAUGAUAAGUAGCUGUGCCGGUAAAAAGGGUCAACCAUUGAGUUCAGUCCAGUGUUUCUCACUGUAAUGGCACAGGCUGGCAUGAGUUCUACAAAGCAGUUCUCUGCUGUGUGAUCUAGAAUGGCUUAAAAGGGCAACUUGAGGUUUUGAAAACAUGGGGUGUGUUGUUAUGGGACAAUAGCUGGCAAACACUAUCUCAAGCAACAGCCAAGAUUCUUUGAAAAUCUUUGUCAAGCACUAGGCAAGCUAAAUGAAUCAAAACCCGCUUUAAAGAGCAUAAGAACCCAAACCAGAACAUUGAACUUUCCAGUGAGCAGUUAACUCACAACACACUGACUGACAUUACAUAGCACUAACUGCUAGGAACCAUUUCCUGACUAUCAUUGGUAGACUAGUGUGUCCUGAAAUAUGUGUAGAAUAUGAAUCUAUUUCGACUAUCAGAGAGGUUUACACUUCAGACUGUUAACUAUUUUACUUGUUCUGCUAAAACUACAAAGAUCUCAAUGUACAAUAACCAUAUUGUAUAUGUUGGCAUUCAAAAAGUCCAUAGUUAAAAUGGCACUACACUGUAUGCAUCUGAAUUGGCCAGAAUUUUCCUGCUGAAAUUGUAUUUUUUUCUUGAUGUAUAUUAUAAUAAGUAGUGUUUUUUUUUUUUCUUUUUUUUUAAAUGUCAUCUGUUAAGUAAGUCAUCUGGCUGAGUGCAAUCUAUCUGACACUUGGCUACAAUCUUGUCACUGACGUUCAACCCCUGUGAGAGUAGAGCAGGGACAAGGCCUGAUUUGGAUGAGCUUGACAAAUACUUAAGUGUCUUGAGGAAAAAAUAAAAAAUAAAUACAUUUCUGAUUCACCUAUGGAGCAAAGAACCAGGAUUACUGAUAGUGUUUCAGCAGCUGUUGCUACAUGGCUCUACAUGGCUCGCACACUGACAUCCAGCCAAUCUCACACUUCUAGUAAACCCUCUGUUUUUGCUCUGAUUUUUUUUUUUGAAGAACCUUUUGACUAAAUUCCCCUUUGACGGACGAAAUGAAAGAUAAAUGACAUCUAGCAUUGCUUACAUUUGCCAAAUUCUGCACAAUGUACCAGCUCACCGUUAGGGUAGCUGUUCUCAUGUGAAGGCCUUGGAGUGGCAGUUUACCCCUGUUUUUUCCAAAGGGAAAUCUUUCUAUCAGAAACUUGAUAUUUGCAGUUCGACCUAUGGAGGGGUUUUAUAACCAGUGGAUCUUUCUUAAAAACGCCAAAUAUUAUUCACAUUUCAUCACCACUCUGAAAAGAGACUGAAAAUACGCCUUGAUAUUGUUUUGACGCUAAUUAACAAAUCUUUCUAUUUAAAUUUGUAUGCAUUUGUCUCUUCACUGGCAUGGAGCUGAAGGUUUAUACACUGUAAAAAAAAAAUAAUAUACUAGCUUGUGCAAGAAAAAAGAAAUAGUAAAAGCUGUUUGCAUCACUUUUUGAGUAACUCUAACACAGUGUAUUAUAUUCUCUUUGAUAUAACUACAUCAUGUUGGAUUUAUUUAAAAUAGCCUGCUGCCUAAUGUGUCAGAGUGAAUUUGUGGAGGACUUGGAAAAAGUUUGCAGUAAUGUGCUUGUUCACAUCGAGUUAGUUUGCUGCAUACAUCCGCCAGACGCUAACACUUUUCAUUUGAUGGGCAUUAGCUGUUUUGCUACACCGGCUUUGUUGCACCACCUCUCGCUACCUUAUCUUUGAAGCUAGUCUGACGUGAUGCUAAUGGCAAAUUAGCGACAGCUGUUCAAACCCCACAGGGUCUGGACCAAGUUGAGAAGCUCAAUUGACACAAUUAAAACAACUCUAAGACUCGAACAUGCGCCAAAAGAUUUAGCUUCCUACCUUGGUUUGGACAGGUCAAAGGUUAAACAGCUAGGCCAUCGCUGUACAUAACAGUUUAACACCAAGCUAAAAAAAACGACAUUGCAGUAGUGUUUGUUUUCAUCCUUCUGUGAUGGGGUUUGCACUGGUUCUUUCUGCUUGUGUGAAACGGCUGCUAUGUUGUUUCAUUAACAGCGUUGCUUCGGAUGUAAACAACAGUAGAGAUUUUUUUUUUGGUUUCGUUUUUUUUUUGGACUCUUUAAUGUACACAAUAAUAAUGUUGUACCUGAUGUAAGAAAAAAAAAAAAUUCAAUGGUGUUGAAUCAGUCGUGACGUCGCUUCUAAUGUAAAGAUUGAUGAUGCGUCUCCGUUGCCUCGUUUGCCUCUUAACUGCCUGUCUGUCUGACAGACUGAGGAGCGACAGACAGACAGACAAAUGAACUAAAGGGAGGACAAAGUGUCCUGCUGGAGCAAUUAAUGUACUCUUAAGGGGGUGAAGCAUUAUUACCAGAGCUAUUCUCUACCCUUAAAGUAACCGUAAAGAAGUACAAUGUAGUAGGGAAAAUUGUAA